UUUGGCGUUUAGUGGAUCUACCUGGAGCGGAAUGUACAUGAGAAAUUGGCAGAACAUAGACUUUCCAUGCAGUAGCAGCAGCUAUAAAGGACGGAUGAGACUUGGAUACUCUGUACAACGCUGAGAAAAUGUCCAUCGGGUAUUUCAAGGAAACGUACAACGUUUCCUUUAAACCGUGGCCAGCUGACGUCAUUUUGGAGAAAGAUACGGGACUCUUAGUUCCGGCGAUACAAGAGAACCCACGUGAGAACGGCAAACGUGGCUAAAACCUGGCCCGAAGCCAAAGCACAAGAGAAAGAAACGAAAGGAGCCCAAUAAGGGUGAAGCGUUCAGAUAGUUACAUUAAAGACACCAUCAAUACACAGUUUUUU